AUGCUCGAGCGAGCGCUGGAUUCUCAGCUCCUGGGCUCGAGUAGAGUGAAGCGAUAUACCCGCAUCAUGUCGCUGGUCGAGUCUGAAGCUGCCUUUUUCCAGCGGUGCGAUGAAAUCGCGCCUGGUCUCCGGACCCUUCUUGAGGCAAAGAACAUCAAAUCUUUCCGCAAACUCGCCUUCGCCAUCGGCACUCCGCAGACUGCACCGAGUGAAGCUGAUUUUCAGGGUUUUGCUUCAGAAGUGUUUGUUGGUGCGCCGUCGCUGUCUCAGGUUGCAGAUCUUCGCACUUUGCACUUCGAAGCCACUGCUUUUGUUGUCGCGGUACUUAAGGAGCAUGUCACAGGGACCGAGGGCCCUGAGGGAGCACAGAGCAUCAAGCGCAUUCCUCCGGCUGAGCGCCGGGCCCGGUUGUCAGCUCAACAAAGGCGUCUGAGGGGUUUGGAUCUGACUGGUGAGUUGUGCCCCAGCCAUGCACUGUGCGACAUGGCGAACACAAUCUAUGAAACUUCAGUCAUGACUUGGAUAUCACCCAGCAAGUGCUCUAAGCGUGAUGCUGAGAUUCAGUCUGUUUCGAAGGUCGAAGCCAAAUCGGCUAUAUCGCUUGAGAAACAGUCUCUUGUUGUUGUGCCGCAUGAGCCUGCCAAAGCUGAUACUAGCACUGAACUUCGCUUGCAGUGGGCACUCAUGAGGCGCGAAGUCGCCUUUGAUCAAUGUCGGGUGGGCCCAGCCAUGCAGGCCGCUUUGGCCAGAACAGCUCAGCUGAGAGACGUUGCCAGCUUGAUUUGGGGCGCAGGUGUUCCGACAGAGCCCGCCGGGCCGAUUCAUCAGGGGAGAGAGGCGGCGGAACCGUCGGGCUGCCAUUUGCCGGUGGGAGAGUCCGUGUCUUCUGAAAGCCGCGUGUCCAUGUGGCACUUGAUUGAUGAGCGGCCUCUGCCUAGCGAGGCGGACGACAACAUCCCGGAGUCUGAAGAUUUAAAUUUUCUUCCUGAAGAUUCGGCUGUUGAUGAGGGUGAGUGGUACAGAGGGAUCAGGGACGAGGAUCAUAGUAUCGCUCCCAGUGAGUUUUCGCCUGGACUGGACGGUGAUUGCUUGCAAAUCGGCAGAGAGAGCGAGGAUCCCUUGCAUGAGGUCUCUGAUUUCUCGUUCUCCAGAUUGGCUGCUCACAGCUCCUUCAAGAGGCUAAGGCUGGAACGACCAAGGCAGGCGUGGGAGAGCCAUCCGGCCUUUAACCGGAAGUCGGGUAGCUCUUCACUUCAUGCUUGGGCGAGUGCUGCUUUCCUUCCAUCGGUUGGUGUGCGAGAGACUUUAAACUUUCCGAAGCCGGAAGAGAGCUACGGAGGGGAAGAGGCAGCCCAUGUGCCUUGGACCAUUGAGCGACGACUGAAGGGAGUGCGCAUUCAGAGGUCAGAUGAAGAUGAGAGAAAUCAUGCUCUGAAGAAGCUUAAAGCUGUGGUGCUCCUGGACCCUUUGGCUACGGCUCUGGGUAAAAGCUUAGUGCAGAAAACGGGUGCUCUUGAGACGGAGGAGAUCAUUGCAGCGAGUUUUAGCGAUGCUUUCAGUUCAAAAUCGGCUGGUACGCUCACCAAAAGGGCUGGCUCUUUGCAGAGGCUGGUGGUUCAACUUUAUAAGCAAGGGGUGGCUUCUCCGUGGCGCAUGGAGGAGGCAGACUUGUAUUCUGCUUUGACCACAUUGCGUGAGGAAGGUUGUGGGGCAACAUCACCAGCUCACAUGUUGGAGAGUUUACAUUUUCUUCAUGCCAUUGCAAGAUUUUUGCAUUUGGAUUUGGAGCUGGCGCCGUUGGAGCAGCGUGACCCGCUGACAUGCUUCCAGGAUUCCCAGAAACUAAAACUUUUGGAGCUGCUGGGCACGGGAGAGAGCCAGAUUCUGUUUGGGGAUGCUCUGGGAAGCAAGACGUCUUUGAGCAAGGAGGCCAAGACAAAAUUUACACCAUACGCGGCGCUGGCGCAGGGGCUUACUGAAUGCUCUUGGGCGCGCUUGUGGAUUGAAGUCAGACGCCAGUGUAGGCUCACGUUCGGUGCUGGACCGGAUGGCUUUUGCCUUCCUACAAGGUCUCAGCGACUGGAUGAGUGGGGCUCAACGCCUAUGGGAGCUGGUGAGGCGUCUUCCUACUUAGCGGAGAUUUUGGAAGGCUCUGAAUUGGAGGGACAAGUUCUGGGAACACAUUCUUUGAAAGUCACCCUGCUUACGUGGGCUUCUCGAUCAACAGUGGUGCGCCUGAGCAAAGGAGAACGUCUCCUGUUGGGUCACCAUAUUGUACCGGGGGUCAAAAGUAUGGUGACUUAUAGCCGCGAGGCUUAUACGAGUUUGAUCGGCAAGCUUUUAGCUCUUUACCGCUCGAUCCGAAGCGGAGCUUUUCAGCCAGAUCUCGCGCCUGCAGACAGAGUGCUACAAGUUGCUGACGCCUUGGCCGCGGCUGAGGAAGGUCAAGGCCUGGGCACAGGAGCGCGGGAUGAGGCGGCCGCAGAGCAGUUGGCUGGGUUUGAGGGCGAGUCGGAGGACUCGGCAGAUGAUGCUGAGGCCGACGGGUCCCUUCCAUUGAGUGCGCCCAUCAGUGGAGGGAGCGACGGGGGCGCAUUGCAAACUGGGGACCUGCUGGUCCCUGAUGCUGAGGGGUGGUCCAAGGCCCGUUUGAGUAAACCGGGCCAAAUCUCGAGUGCUGAUCUCUUGACCUUGUUUGAUAUGCUCCCUCAGGGAAAUCUUCAGAAGGGUCAGAGGGACGUGAAACAGUCCUUCGUAACCGGCUGUUAUUCCCAAGGUGGAUUCCGUGGGUUGCGUAAGGAGUGUGCAGAGUUUCCGUACGCAAGUCGUGUCAUGACCCGCUUUGUGCAGGAGCGUCUUCCAGGUCAUGUUUUCUCCACAUGUGGCAUUUUUGCAGACAGUCUCACGCCUUUGCAUCGUGACGGCCGCAACGCGCAGUGGCCUAAUGCAGUUUUUCGCUUGAGUGAUUUUAAGGAGGGGGGCUUGUGGAUAGAGGGCCCUGGGGACGAUGUUCGAGUCUUCAAUUCUAAAGAGCUGGUUGGAGCGGUUCACGAAAUUGAGGACGAUCCGCUUAUCUUUGACGCUUGGUCUAAAUACCACGAAACUGAACCUUGGUCAGGUCGAAGAGUUGUGCUGAUCACUUGGGUGGUGCAGCAACUUGAAAAAUUAGAACCGCAGGAUGUGGAGGCAGCGCACCAAUUGAACUUCGUGCUACCUCCUGAGGUGCCGUUGCCUGUGCAAACGGCGCAGCUGGGAGAACGGCCACCCAUGGUGUUUGAGGUUUUCGCAGGCAAAGGCUUGUUGUCCCGGGCCCUGAUGCAGUGCGGAUUCGUUGUCCACAGUUUCGACCAACAUCAUUGCGAUUCUCAUGUGCCCAUCUCGCAGCUUGAUUUGGCAACAGACUCAGGGCAAGCUUUGUUCUGGGACUUUCUUGAGACACAGCGCCCGUUCGCAAUACAUUUGGGCGCCCCAUGCGGGACCAGCAGCAAGGCCAGAGGCAGACCUUUGUACAAUGGACAGCCGGGACCCCAACCUCUUAGGAGUAGUGAGUUCCCGCUGGGCCUGCCCUCCUUAAAGCCUGGGUCAGUUGAGGCCACUCGUGUAAAGUUGGCAAACCGUUUGUAUGCCUUCACAUAUCGCAUUUUGCGAUAUUGCCUGGAGCACGACAUAGUGGUCAGUCUUGAGAAUCCCGCAAAUAGUUUCCUAUGGGAGGUGUUGCAAGCCUUUGAGCCGCAAGGGGUUGCUCACCGUAUCCUUCCCAGACUGCAGUCAAUCAUCUUUGACUUGUGUUGCCAUGGGGGCUUUCGCCCCAAACGCACAAAGUUGCUUGCAACGCCUGGCUGCUUCGAGCCGUUGCGUGCCCUUUGCGAUGGAAAGCACAUGCACAAACCUUGGGGACAAAUUGUUGAGUUUGGCUCCAUUCGGUAUGCCACAAAGGAUGAGGCGGCCUACCCAGCAUUGUUUGCCUCUCGCUUCGACCUCUCGUUGGCCAUGUUGGGCCGACAAAACAAGCGUCAUCCGCUCAUAGUCUUGAAGCGAAACUUGGCGGUGGCGCGAGUGAAGCAGGAGGUGAAGAGAUGCAGUGAUGCUGAGGCGGAGCUUCACAAGGCCAUGCACCCGGCAGUGGCUAAGGUUAUGAGCGGCAAAUCCAUCUUGGCGUUGGAAUCUUUACUCAAGUCCGAGGGCUACGACGAUCUUGAAGUCAUCGGUUUCUUAAAGGAAGGGGUAAGGUUGGUCGGGACUUCCCAAUGCCCAGAAUGCUUUGAUCGUAAGUUUGUCCCCGCUUUCUUGACAGAGACGGAGCUCAUGGCCUCAGCGGCCACCAGACGAAAGUCCUUGUUGAGUAAGUUCGAAAGGGUAGACCCGGAGGAGGCACGGAUCUUGAAGGAGGCCACGGAUGAGGAAGUGGCCAUGGGCUUUUUGGAGGGCCCCUACUAUGAUCAGAGCCAGAUUACGGAAUUGCUGGGAACCAACGAUUGGACAGUCAUCAGAAGGUUUGUUUUGCUCCAGGGGGCAGAGCUAAAACCCAGACCCAUAGACAACUGCUUGGAAUCCCAAUUAAACGCGGGCUACAGCUCCAGCAUUCACCUGCGGUUACAAGAUUCGGACUACAUCUCAGCCAUGGCCCUCCACGUAGCGAGGGAAGUGAGCGAAGGCCGAGCGCACAAGGAUGCAUCGGAGUGGAAGGGCAAAACCCUUGACCUCAGUAAAGCGUACAAACAACUUGCUAUCCAUCCGAGAAGUGCAGACAACGCCGACACCACGGCGAGUGCGUUCUUGGACGCCCUAGGUUGGCGUCACGCCAAGACGGGCUGGGUCUUCACAGGAAAGGUCCCGUUGCAGUUGCUUGAAUCUUGGAAAGCAGAGGUAGGAGAGCAACUCAUCUGCGAGAUCGAGAUGUUUGCUGUGCUAGCUUCCCUGCUGCAGCUGAAUGCUCUUGUGUCGUCUCGCCGCAUAGUGUGGUGGGUGGACAACGAUGCAACCAGAGGUGUCAUGAUCAAGGGCGCCAGCCGCAGUUGGGACAUGCACACUUUAGCCCGAGUGUUCUCUGAGCUCGACAGAGAAUGGCCAUCCAUGUGGUGGGUUUGCAGAGUUCCAUCCUACUCCAAUCCGGGGGAUGCGCCGUCGAGAGACCAAGGAGAGGAGUCUUUGGUGACGGAUCCAUGUACCCAGGCAUCUCGCCUUGUGCUCGGCGCUCUUCCUCGCGGGAAGGUUCUUAAGCCGCUUGUGCCCGAGUUCGGUCGCUACCUCAAAGUGCUGACGUAUCCUGAGACAGGUGCCUUACUGCGCUUCAUGCGACGCCUUCCCAAGGGUUCCAAGGUCACUUCGCGUUUUCUGAAUGGGGGAACAAAUGCCUGCGAAGUCUCCCAUGUUGGCGGCUAUCUCGAUACAGUGGAUCUCACAUCCCAGCUUAGGCAGGGCUCUUUUGACAUUCAGGAUGUCUCGCUUGCCUGUUUCGGCCGUAGCCUAUUUGCUGACAAUGCACCUCUUCACAAAGGUUGUAAAGCUGAGUGCCUGAGCGAGCGGUGUUUCCAGAAAGGCUUUAUCACGAAGUCUGAGCUGAGCAUGCUGCUUGACGUAUUGCCCACUGAUCGAAAAUUUGCAAAGAGCAGAGGCGAUUGCCUCGAUUCCACUAAGACAUGGACCUCAGGGGCCUUUCACUUCUCCGGCGAAGCCGGGGCCGUCAGAGUUCGCCCGGCGGAUCCACAGGAGCAGGAGCUUGUGCUUGAAGUGUCGCAGCACCCGGCCAAGCUUGAUGCGUCGCUGGUGCAUUCUACUGACGACUGGACGGGCGAUCGGAUUCUUCUUGUGGCUUUUCAUGUUCAGGGCGCGACAUCUAUGAGUUGCGCAGAUCAGAGGAGAUGCACCGAGCUUGGCUUUGUGCUUGACGUCGGCGCUGCUGGGGAUCAUAUACACGAUGCUGCUGGAGUGAACUGUUCUUCUGCCGAAACUGUCUUUGUUGGAGUUCCGAGCGAUCCCGAGGAGUUCAUACGAAAAGCAGUGGAAGCAGGGCACCCAAUGGACAUGGGCAUGCACGUGUGCCCAGCUGUGGACCGGGCGAUCAGGGCCAACUUCUGCGACCCUCCUGAAUUAGUCAUCCAGCGGCGGCUAAGCACUCUCGAACGCUGGGAGAAACGGGCUAGUGUACUGAUAGGCUACCCCGAUGUCAAGAUUCUCGACGAGGUUGAGCAGGGCCUGCCUCUCACUGGGUGGAUGGCUGAGUCACAGGUUUUCGCAAGCAACCCGAGAGCGCCCACAAUGUCUGUUGAUACUGUCGUCGCUAUGAACAGGGGCUUUCACGCUCUGGUCAAAAGGCGCCUCUCCAAGAGGCAGGAUCAGGACGUCGAGCAAAAGACUUGGCUUGAGACAGAGGAGGAGAUUGCUAGGGGAUGGUUCUGGAUCGAUGAGUCUGGCUGCUGGGAAGGGAAGAUCAUUGCGCACCGGUUCGGCCUUCUUCAGAAACUCAAGCUCCGCACGAUCGACGACUGCAGUGUUGGGGGUCUUAACUGCACUGUUGGUCUUCCGGAGAAGAUGCGAGUCCAUUCUAUAGAUAUUCUUGCAUCUAUGUUGCGGCGUGCUCUGGAGCUUUGCGGCGGCAAGGCCACCUGUGGCUGGCUAGGCCGCACAUACGAUCUUCAGGCGGCCUAUCGUCAGUUCGGCAUAAGCUCUGUAGCUCGGGAACUCUUGAGGAUUGUCGUCAACAAGCCUGGGGCGGAACAGCCCAUUCUCCUUGGUGCCAACAGUCUUCCAUUCGGUGCAGUGGGUUCGGUUGCUGGCUUCCUCAGGCUGUCAAUGGCUAUCUGGACUCUCGGCCUGGUGGGGCUGGAGCUAUGCUGGUCUGCUUACUAUGAUGACUUUCCGACUGUCACCAGUGAGCCGCUUCUUGAGAAUACGAGCUCGUGCGUAGACCGCAUGUUCAGGCUCAUCGGGCUUGACUAUGCUACCGAGGGCAAGAAAGCUCCCCAGUUUGCGAGCUGUUUCGCGGCACUUGGAGUUCAGGUGGAUCUGCAGCAAGCUCAGUCUGGCUCGAUUGUUAUCGGACACACCGACGCUCGGAAAGAGGAGCUGACCGCUUGCAUCGAUUCCAUUCUCGCUGAUGGCAGCAUGACCUCGAAGGAAGCAGAGAAGCUGAGGGGACGACUCGUCUUCUUUGAAGGAUUCACUUUCGGUAGAGUCGCUCAAGUGGCUGUCAAGCAUGUGGGCCGCCACGCUCAAGGCUCGAGUGGCUCUGUGAAGUUAUCUGCUGAUGUCAAGUGGGCUCUGGGUAUGAUUAAAACUCGAAUCUGUCAUGCCCUGCCAGUGACUAUAUCGGCGAAGGCACUGCAGACCACUUAUGUCUUCACUGACGGCGCUUUCGAGCAAGGUCGAGGCUCUUUUGGAGGGGUUCUGAUCUCUCCUCACGGCAGGUGCGUUUCUUAUUUCGCGGGAGAAGUGAGUCGUGAGGCGAUGCAUCAUUUGCUUGCGUCGUCCACUCAUCCCAUCUAUGAGCUUGAGCUGCUGCCAGUGCUUAUCGCCAUGCAGGUUUGGGGAAAACUUUCCUCUCACCAGCAAACAGUUUAUUAUCUUGACAACGAGCCUGCACGAAUUGGGAUGAUCAAGGGGGCGGGUGGCACUGCCAUCGCGGACCUUAUCAUUUCCAAAGCUAGUGCACUUGAAUGUGAGCUAGGCCAACACGCUUGGUACGCUCGUGUUCCUUCGCAUUCCAACAUCGCUGAUGAUCCAAGUCGCUUUUACUUUGAACGACUUCACAAGCUCGGUGCUGCGAGAGUUCUGCUUGACGAAAGCUGGGUCGCGAGCCUCGUUUUGGAAGCGGGGUGA